AUGACAGUGGCCGCUCAGGCUACACAGGUGGGUGAAAUAAAAAGUGAUGACUGCGUACCGCCAGAGAAAGCAAACCUGAUAGACUUGGGAAUAGAGGCAGAGGCAAUAUCCCAACCCAUGGCGGCCACUCCGCGCUCGACGUCAGCUGUCAGCUUCGGGCACCUGCCCGCCCGCCCCGCCGCCGGCUGCUGCGUUUCUCAGGGGCCGGCCUCCCCUCAGCCCGCCGGCCCCUCUGCCGCCGGCAGCUCGGCCAAGGAUGUGGGUGGAUCCCCUGAAAAGGCAGCCACAGAUCUCAGCAGUGAACACAAACUCAAUAAAUCCCAGCAGCUGAAAAAAGUUUUUAAAGAAUGUGGUGCUGUAGGGGUUUCAUUGCAUGUUGGAAUUUCAUUAGUAUCUCUAGGAACCUUCUACCUGGCUGUGUCAAGUGGUGUGGAUAUGACUGCAGUUCUCUUCAAACUUGGCUUCAGUGAAUCAUCGCUGCAAUCUAAAAGGGCUGCUGGUACAAGCGCAUUUGUGUUGGCAUAUGCUAUUCACAAAUUGUUUGCUCCAGUACGAAUCAGCAUUACUAUAGUUUCUGUGCCAUUUAUUGUCCGAUACUGCUGGAAGAUUGUUUUCUUCAAACCUCCUACCCCAAAUCUGUGGUAACGUCUUAUUGUUUUUUACCGGCCCAACGUGGGGCUCAAGGAAUUUGAGAUAAGGAUGAUAGUUGAGAGAAGUUCGGGCAAAACAUGGACUGGAUGUUUUUAUGAACGUAAAAGUUGUGAAGAAUUCAAGAAAGUUGUAAUUGUGAGGAAUAUGUUUCAUGUUAGUGUGGUGAAGGGACGAGGGGUGGGGUGUGUGUAAAUUGUCCACCUCAUCGGUGUUGUGAUGAUGUUAUGUUUAUUUUGGUGUGGGGAAUUCUUUUUCUUUUUGAUGUAAGUGGAGUUUGUGAAGAUUGUGAUGAUUGUAAAGUAAAAGUAUAUUGUAAUUAUUCUUAAAUAUGCUUUUCACAGAGGAGAGGGGUGGAAUGUAGUGGGUUUACGUGACAAGG